UCCCCCCAGCCGAGUCCUUUCCAUCCCCGCAGCGAUGCGCAGUUGGUGCUGGAACCGAAUCCCCGUGGAGGGCAACUUUGGGCGGACUUACGACAUGGUGAACAGCUCCGUCCACAACCUGACCCAGCACUUCAGCGCCAGGCUGAUCGUCAAGGAGGAGCAACAUGAGACCCUGGUGGGCAUCGACGUGUCGGCAGAGCAGAUCGUGGGGGAGGUGACGGCGCACAUCCAGCAGCACAGCGCCCGGCUGCACCGCGCCGCUUCCUUCCUCCGUCUGCUGCUCUCCUUCACCUUCCUCCUCGUCUUCAUCUCGUGAGCAGCGGGCUGGGGGCGGGGGAGCGCGG